GCACGAUCCUUGAUGCGACAGAAGGGGUGAGACGCCGGUGCUAAGACGUCGGCUGUCUCCCGCUCCUGGCUUCUCUGUUCGCCUUCGCCCUAAUCUCAAGCUCCCGACACCGAGGCCUCUGGAUCGCCCAAUUCCUUAGAGCUUGUUCCUAAGGAAUUACAAGAUCAACUUCCAGCCUGAGGUGAUAGUUUCUAUGAGAAGCUACUCCAUGACAUCGAAAAGGGGCAGCUAAGAUUUGAGUAAACUCGAAAUACGAUCAACUUGUUGAUCUUGAUGAUAGAACGGGCCACGGGGUGCUUUAUUUGGUCUCAGCGUAUCUCACUAUAGUAACAGAACCCAUGAGAGUUUCACCUUCAAACCAAUAUCAGUUGGUAAAACACGAAACUAGUUAUCAAAUUCAACUGGCUUCCCCAAAAGAACAAGUCUCAUGUGGAUGUACUUCCUUCCCUUACUUCAACUGUGCAUCCACACUUGAAAAUGCAACAUCACCUCCUGAUGCAGCCCUGCUACAUGAUUCUGAAACUUCCUCAGAAUCUUCCUCAACCGAUAGCGGCAAGGAAUCUAUUACAGAUGAUGUAGUCCAUGAGGCUGAAAAAGAGAUAUGCAACAAGAGCAAUAUGAAGAAACCACUUGCAGAUUGUUUUAUUCCUGCGAUACUAGACAACACUGUCGAUUUGUCGAUAGAAUCACCAAGCAGCACCGCAGGAUUUGGCAAAACAAGGAAAGUGCAGUGGACCGAUGCAUGUGGGAAGGAACUUUUCGAAAUUAAGGAGUUCCAACUCAGAUUCUCUCACCCACCUUCCACCACCCAGAAAAGGGUCCACUGAGCAUGCACCCUUUCUCAACACCCUUGACUCAGUCAGUCAGUCUCUCCUUCAAAUAGUCGCUCUGUACCCAGCGAUUCAAUGGCCUGUGGAUUGAAGAUGCCGGAAAUCAAGUUCACUAAGCUCUUCAUUAAUGGCAGCUUCGUCGACGCCGUCUCAGGGAAGACAUUUGCAACGACAGAUCCGCGCUCAGGGGAGGUGAUAACGAUGGUGGCAGAGGGCGAAAAAGACGACGUGGAUUUAGCAGUGAAGGCAGCAAGAGAAGCUUUUGACCAUGGCCAAUGGCCUCGCAUGUCUGGAUUUCAAAGAGGACAGAUUAUGAUCAAGUUCGCAGACUUGAUCGACCAGCACAUCGAGGAAUUAGCCACACUCGACAGCUUAGAAGUGGGGAAGCUGUUCUCCCACAACAAGCUGGCUGACAUCCCCUCGGCUACCCGGAUGCUCCGGUACUUCGCCGGCGCCGCCGAUAAGAUCCACGGCGAAACACUAAAGAUGGGCGGACCGUUCCAUGGAUACACGCUCAAGGAGCCCAUUGGGGUGGUCGGGCAUAUAAUACCUUGGAAUUUCCCGACCGUCAUGUUCUUCUUCAAGGUCUCCCCUGCUUUGGCUGCGGGCUGCACCAUGGUUGUCAAACCGGCAGAGCAGAGCUCGCUCUCUGCACUUUACUAUGCUUUCUUGGCUAAGCAGGCAGGCAUUCCAGAUGGCGUUCUGAAUGUCGUGACCGGUUUUGGCCCAACUGCCGGAGCUGCCAUUGCUUCUCACAUGGACAUCAACCAAGUUAGUUUCACAGGAUCCACUGAAGUAGGACGUUUGAUCAUGGAGGCAGCUGCGAGAAGCAACUUGAAGCCCGUAUCACUCGAAUUGGGUGGGAAAUCACCAUUAAUCAUCUUCGACGAUGCAGAUAUCAACAUGGCCGUUAAACUCGCUCAAAGGGCAGUGUUCUACAACAAGGGAGAAGUGUGCGUGGCCGCAUCGCGAAUCUACGUACAAGAAGGAAUUUACGACGACUUCAUGAAGAAGGCGGUGGAGACUGUGGGUGACUGGAUUGUCGGUGACCCUUUCGAUCCACAUGUUCAUCAGGGGCCUCAAGUAGUGGACAAGGAGCAAUUCGAGAAGGUCCUCAGAUAUAUCGAGCAUGGCAAAAGAGAAGGAGCUACCAUUGUUGCUGGAGGCAAACCCUGUGGUGAAAAUGGUUACUACAUUGAACCCACAAUCUUUGUAGAUGUCAAGGAGGACAUGGUGAUAGCCAAGGAGGAAAUAUUUGGACCAGUCAUGUCCCUCAUGAAGUUCAAGACGAUGGAGGAGGCGAUCGAGAGAGCGAAUAAUACAAGAUAUGGAUUGGCUGCGGGGGUUGUGACGAAGAACUUGGACAUAGCAAACAGGAUGGCGAGAUCAAUUCACGCGGGCAGCAUCUGGAUCAACUGCUACUCUGCAUUUGACAGUGACUGUCCUUUCGGCGGCUUCAAAAUGAGUGGAUUUGGGAAGGAUCUGGGGAUGCAUUCGAUUGAAAAAUAUCUCCAAGUUAAAUCUGUUGUCACACGACUUCACGAUUCUCCUUGGCUGUAGUCAAAGACUGAACAUCGAUUGGAGAAGUUAAAGAUUGUGCUAGCUACAUGUUUAAUUCUGACGAUCGAUGUAUCCGGUCAGUUUAAUUGCUGCCUGCCUGAUCUAUUAUCAACCAAAAUAAAGGCGUUCGACUUCAACA